AUGUAAACCCCAACACGUAUCAUUGACGGUUUAUUUAUAGGAGAUUAAAGUGCUGCACAUGUAAUUGAUACUUUAUAAAAUAUAAGGAUUUAGAAUUUUUGAUAACUAAUAAAAUUACAAAAGUAAUUAAUUGCGCUGGAAAGUAAAUACCAAAUCAUUGGGAAUCAAUUGGUAUAGAAUACUUGACUUAUGGUUGGAUUGAAAGUGAUAAUCAAUAUGCAAUUGACCAUUCUCGUUGUUUUUCAUUUAUAAAUGAUAACUUAGAAGCAGGAGAGGCUGUUUUAGUUCAUUCAAUUAAAGCUCUCAAUCGUUCUGUUUUUGUGAUUGCUGUAUUUUUGAUGAGAAAGUAUUAUCAUAUUAUUUAUAGAAUCUAGAUUUAAAUGGACCUUAUAAAAAACUCUUUAGUAUGUGUAGAACUUGAAAAAUAAUAAUGAUAUCAAAUAAAAUGUGAUGUAGCAACUGGUGAAUUUUGAAAAAUGGUUACAUAUUAGUAAACUAAGUAACAAUUGGGAUUCUACAUAAAAUUAAGAUGAAGUUGUUGCAAGAAAUACUUAUCUAAAUAGUUAAAAACCUUAAGAAUGUGAACCAAGACAAAAAAAGGAAGUAGGUUCUAAAAAAGUAUAAUGGAAUAAAAUCAUCAUAUCCCAAUACAUUCCUCCUUAUUAUUAAAUGUAAUUCCUUUUUGCUAUGUUUAAGCUAAUUUAAAAAUCUAUCAAAAUCUGAACCUGAACCUCUAAAUUAAGUUUAAAAUUAAAAUAUUUAACUUACAAAAAAACUUAGAAGACAAACAACUGAUAAUUGGAUGACUAAGAAACUACCUUUGAAUUAAGUUAUAGAUGAAAAAAAGAUAAAUCUGUUUAGCAUUAAAUCUGAUAGACAAUAAAUAAAACCAUUAUUAAGACCAGGAACUGCUCCAUAAAAAAGACUUGUCAAAAAUAAAUGGCAAUCAUAAUCCCAUAGAGUCUUAGUUAAAUAGGCAUGA